UUACUACUGUCCACUCUAAAACCUCGCUCCCUCCGAUAUCCCUCGCGGUAGUACAGUGCCGUUCUCCGUGUCGAAGCUCUUUCUCUUUCGAAGCCCAGAGGAUUCCCUUUCCGCGGUUCGCUCUUUCUUCUGCGCUGUGAUUCCAGGUCUUCGAUCGGAGCUUUUCGCGGGUUCUGUACACUUUUGUGAGCCUCUGCUUUGUUUUGCUCUUGACGCAUGCUGGUUUUCUUUUGCUCUUCCCUCUUGUUGAUUUCCUUUUGGGUGGGAGGCUGAGCAGUUACUGCUUUGGUUGUUGUCAUUGCAUAUAAAGAGUUUUAACAGUUUUGUCGAAUGAGCAUCCAUCUGAGCAUCUAGACAGUCCUCCUCUUCGAUUCUUGCAGCUCCUCACUAUGGCUGCUAUUGGAAAGAUAUUACCGAAUCGGAAGUUGAAGAUCAAAUUUGCAGCUAAAAAAGUUGAAGCUGAACCUGUGACACUAUCAUGCACAAAGAAGCGUGGCGCACCGGGCAUUACAGAUGUUCCGAAGGCGAAGAGGCAGAAGAUGGAUCGUAGUACGACACUCCAGUGUACUUCCAUUCUGAAAAAACUGAUGACUCAUCCAGCUGGUUGGGUUUUCAAUCAACCAGUGGAUCCCGUGGCAUUGAAUAUCCCAGACUACUUUUCUAUUAUAUCUAAACCAAUGGAUUUGGGAACAAUAAAGUCCAAACUGGAGAAAAAUAUGUACCUUGCUACUGAAGAAUUUGCAGCUGAUGUCAGGCUAACUUUUGCCAAUGCCAUGCUAUAUAAUCCUCCUUCUAAUAAUGUUCAUCAGAUGGCGAAGAAACUAAAUGACCUUUUUAAUACAAGAUGGAAAACUGUGGACACAAACUGGUCUGAAAGCUCAAAGGUUGAUCCAGGGAAAAUAUUAAGUGGAGGUAGAGGAAAAACAAUCAAUAGUUCAAGGCAGAAAUGUAGAACAACACCUUCCUUGCAUGCCAGUUCAAUGCCAUUUGAGGACAAGCAAAAGCUGAGAAAAGAGCUCAUGGAAGUGUCAAGGGGAAAGAUGCCACCCGACUUGGGUGGUUUUCUUCGAAGACAUGGCAUGACCUGCCAAAAUGUAGAAACAAUGGAGCUGAACAUUGAUAAAUUUGAUGAAGAAACUUUAUUGGAGCUGAGAAGAGUGAUGAAGAUCUCAUGCGAAGCAAGAACUGAAAAGGUAGAGUGCACUAAAACAGCACAAAAUUGCAGAACCAAAUCAUCUGGGAAAGACCUAGACAAAGGCACUGAUAGAAACAAUGCUCAUGCUUGUGGUUCUGGGAAUACCAAGUUGCCAUUGAGCCUUCAGAAUGAUUCAAACAAUGGAUCCUCAAGUGAUCUAUCUACAGAGAGAUCAUUCGUUAAAGAUUAUCGUGCAUGUUCAAGUGAUGCUUCUGAACCGAAUUGUCAGGUGAAAAACACAAUAUCACGGAUUAGCAAAUCAGAUCCAGAUUCUGAUGGUGCAGUAAGUGCAGUGGAUGAUGAAAACAUCUGUACUAGUUCUCACCCUAUGACUCCUACUACAGCAGCUGUUCCCGGUGAAGGAUGGAUAACUCCAAUUUUUGAUGUCCAACUAUCACCGAAGAAAGCUCUCCGUGCGGCAAUGCUAAAAAGCCGUUUUGCAGACACUAUCUUGAAAGCACAACAGAAGACACUUCUUGACCAUGGUAAUAAAGCUGAUCGAGUGAAAAUGCAACAGAAAAAGGAAAGACUAGAAAAGAAACAGCUUGAAGAGAAAGGUAGACUUGAAGCUCAAGUCAGAGCUGCUGAAGCUGCUUCACGAAUGAAGGCAGAGACUGAAUCCAAACUGCAGCGGGAAAAAGAAAGGGAAGCUGCACGAAUUGCAUUGCAGAAGAUGGCAAGGACUGUUGAGUUCGAGAAUAAUGUGCAGAUUGUAAAAGAGCUUGAGAAGCUCAGUGGUUGUGUCCUCACUUACCAGUAUUAUCGUCAGAGAGACUCCAAAGUGCAAUUGAGGUCUUUCAACUUUGGAAAUCCGUUAGAGCGAUUGGGUUUAUAUAUAAAGGACGACUUCUUCGUUGAUGAAGAUGAAAAGAUAAUUUUGAAUGAAGAUGGGGAGGAGGGAGAGAUUCUUUAUUAGUACUGAAACCCAAACUGUCUUUUUUCCAGCUCAAUUUGUUUAUAUAUUUUGUAAUUGGAGAGGGAAAGAAGACAAUGGUUAUAAAUGAGUGUUAUUUUUAAAGAACAUUCUACUGAAUUUACUAAUUUUGAUCAUCUAGGUGUUUACCUUGUCACCUUAUUCUCUACUUGUAAAGGAAUUGUAAAUGAAUAUUCUUUAUAGCGUUGUAGUGAAAUAUGCUAGUACUCACCCGUCCUGAUACAGAUCCAAUAAAUACUUUUUCCUUUUUUGGGUAAUA